AUGUGUGAGUAUGCCUACCUAUCCCAAAAUGGAUUUGUGACACCUAUGGCUCCCAUGAGAAUCCCUUCUAAUCUGCUUCAUGUGGAUGAUCCGGUGGUCGAAGCUGCCGUAGUAAGAUCUGAAAGUAUCGCCCUCCUGGUCAACGGCUCAGUCUUUAUAUACACCCUUCAGACCGGCGAGUACCAAGAAGUGAUUGCUUCAGACGGUUACAGAGUGACAGCAUUGGAGUUUUCCCAGUACUGUUGCAAACAUUCUUGGUGUGAGGCCUGGAGUGAUGCAGUUGUUGCAGUUGGGAAGUUGGAUGUUUCAGGAGGCGGUAUAAUCAACAAGAUAUUUGUUUUAGAGAAAGGAGAAAUUGAAUUCCGUGGAACACCAUUACCAGAUGAUGUAACAGAUCUGGAACUGUUGGCUGCUGUUCCUCUCUUAGCCUGGCACUCUGUGGGCCUUCUGUUGCUGAAAGACCACCAGGAUGGCCACACCCAAGAAGCUGUCUUCCGCUACCUACAUAUACCCUUUAAAGGAAGACAUCCUGAGCAGACAGACAGCCACACCGUCUCCACCAUGAGGGCUAACGUUUACUCUCACCAUGGCAACGACCUCAAUGUCAUCCAUCUCACCAACAAAUUUGGAGAGUUCCUGAUGUGGGGCCCUCUGGAACUUUUCAUCUCAAAGAAUGCAGGUCAGUCCGUGUUUAGAGCUAGUGAGGAGAUUACAGAGCAUCUUGACCAUGAUGAAUAUAUUAAAGAACUUAUUCCAGGUGCCAAUGGAGAAUUUGCAUUCCUAACGUCGGAAGGGAGACUGUUCUACGGACGAAGCAAUCUGGAGACACACAUAGCCGAGCUCCAUGUCGAUGACUUGAUUGAUUCCAAUUCUGCAAUCAUCUUUGACAAGCAGAGUAACAUCUUCAUCAUGAACGCCAGGCACUAUGAUUUGGAUUCUAGGAAUGCUUCAACAAGCAGUUUGGUCUACUUGGCUUCAGAACUCAUCUAUCCGUCUGAGGUCCUUGAAGAACAGGGCCAUGAUCUACCAACUUGUCCAUUCCUUUUAUUCACUGCCGACUUUGGAUCUAAAUUGUUCUACAUUGAUAUUGGACACAGCCUAAUACUAAGGGCGUCCUUUAUUCCAAGUCUAUGGCAGAACAGUAACAUCAUGAUUUAUCCAUCUAAUCCCAGCAUCAUCACAGUGAGCACAAGCCUGACAACAGGUGAUCCCAUUGGACAUGGACUUCAAAAGAUUGAACUGGGACCCCUCUGUAAACCAGCAUUGUUAUACUAA